GACUCCUCCCCCUCAGUGCUGUGCAGUUCAGGACGUGGGACUUGGCAUGUUCGUAGUGUGGGAAGCAGAACUCGCAGGGUGUUUUCCUCCGCCUCAUGCUCGGGUGUUUUCAGUCCAGGAUCCGCCGAGUGGGGAGAUGAGCACGGCUCGGCUCGGCUCGGUUUCCCGCUGAAACUCUGACCGUGUGGAAGUAGUGUGUGCGUGUAUGUGUGUGUGUGCGCAGCGAGUCUGAACAAAGUCGUGUUUCGUGGCGUGUUUUGCCACAUGCAGCUCAGAGUGGGUUAGUGAUUUAGUGGAAGAUGAUUGGUCGGAUAAUCCACCCAGGAGCCUCCAGGAGCUGGCUGUCCAGGGUUUCCAUGAGGCAGGAGCUGUGCUUCUUCUCCUCUGCGCCCCCCCAGCCGGUGCCCCCCCUGGCCCAGACCCUGCAGGGUUACCUCAGGGCUCUGGAGCCCCUGUUGCCCCCCGAGGAGAUCAACCACACCCGCAGGAUGGUCCAGGAGUUCGGCCGGCCCGGCGGUCUGGGUUCACAGCUGCAGGAGGAGCUGGUGAAAAGAGCCGGACACACCAGGAACUGGAUCUCCGACUGGUGGGUGCAGUGGGCGUACUUGGAGAGCCGCCAGCCUCUCCCCGUCCACUCGAACCCGGCCAUUUCUCUGCCGAGGAGAGACUUCAACGACUGGAGAGGACAACUGAUGUUUGCAUCCAAGUUGAUUGCAGCAGUUCUGGAUUUCAAAGCCAAAAUCAACACCGGUCAGCUUCCAGUCGAGUUCAUGCGGGGGAAGCCUCUGUGCAUGGACCUCUACCCGCUCCUUUUCUCGUCCUGCAGGAUCCCGGGUCCCAAACAUGAUUACAUCGCCAACCACGGCCGCACUCGGCGCUCGCCCACCCACAUCACCGUUGUCAGGAACUACCAGUUCUUCCAGCUGGAGGUUUACAAUAGCGACGGCUCACGGAUGACUGAGAGUCAGAUCCACGGUCAGCUGCUGAGGAUCAGGUCUCAGUCAUGGAAGACGGACAAAGAACCCAUGGGGAUCCUGACCAGUGAGCAUCGCCACACCUGGGGAGAGGCCUACAACCGCCUGCUCAGAGACAAAAUAAAUAAGGAGUCUGUCCGGGCCAUCGAGACGGGACUUUUCUCCUUGUGUCUGGAUUCUCCGGUCAUGAGGAUUUCAGAUGAGAAGUAUGCCAGUCGUAAAGCAGCUCAGGUGCUUCACGGCGGUGGGACGUUCUCCAACAGCGGCAACCGCUGGUUCGACAAAACACUGCAGUUUGUGGUGGGGGAGGAUGGUUCGUGGGGUCUCCUGUAUGAACAGGCCACAGCUGAGGGUCCACCCAUAGCGACGCUGCUGCAUCAUAUUCAGGAGUACUGUACGAAACCAGAUCCAAAGAGAGCCCCUCUGGUCCCACUGCUGCCCAAGAAACUUUACUUUUACAUUGACAAAGAGAUCAAGAGGGAUAUCGAACUCGCCAAGCAGAACCUGGACAUACUGAUCAAUGACCUCGAUGUCAACGUGUUCAACUUCAAGAAGUUUGGCAAAGAGCUGCCCAAGAAGCACAAGAUGAGUCCCAACUCCUUCAUCCAGGUGGCGUUACAGCUGGCAUACUACAGGGUUCACAAUGAGCUUUGCGCCGCCUGCGACAUCGCCUCUCAGAGGAUGUUUCGAGGAGGGAGGACGGAGUACAUCCGCUCGCCCACAAACCAGACUCUGAAGUUCGUAAUGGCCAUCAGUAAUCCGUCCGUUUCGAGAGAGGAGAAGUUGCAGCUGUUCAGAGAAGCUGUAGACGCUCACACAGCUCUGACAAACCAGGCUCUUAAAGGACACGGCAUUGACCGCCACCUUCUGGGACUCAAACUACAAGCCAUCGAGCAAGGACUGAGCAUCCCCAAGGUCUUCAUGGACACGGCGUACGGAGUGGCUACGCACUGGAAACUCCGCACAGGACAGGUACCUGCAAACACAGACAGUGUGAUGUGUUUUGGACCCCUCGUUCCUGACGGCUACGCCAUUUGCUACAACCCCCAGGCAGACCACGUCCACUUCUCUAUAACUGCCUUUAACUGCUGCGAGGAGACGCAUGCAGAGACGUUGGCGCUGACUCUGAAGGAGACGUUGUGUGAGCUGCAGGAGCUUUUGGAGCCUACUGUGUAGAGCUGCUCCUACUCUCAGUCCAAAUACACAAACCCACUCUUCUUCUACAAGGGAAUUAUAUUUUCUUAAACAUGUUGUUGUAUAAGUGUUGUUGAGGGGCUGCAUGCAUGCAUGACUCUUGUAAUGCUUACAGCAGAGUCCGUCUGGUAGCUCUGAGGUGUUUUUGAUACUUUUGUAAUGCUUUAAUAAGAGCUGAGUUAGCAAGUUGCAUUAUGGGUGCUGAAGUAGGCGCAUUUUAAAGCAUCCAAUGCUGUCUGUGAUUGAAAGUAAAAAAACAAACCUGACACUCCAGCAUUAAUUAAAACAAGCUGUCUGUUGAAACUGAACACACUCCUUUUACAUGUGAGAUGGCCAGUCCAACAGUGAUUUACACAAACACUGAUCUCACGUGUUCCUCUGGACCAAAUGUUCAAAAGCUGGUUGUUAUCCCAUUGUUACUACAUACAGUUUUGGGAAAAAAAUUUCAGACACCCUUAAAACUUAACACAUUCUCAAAUAUUAUCAUGAAUUAUUGUCGGAAAAAUGUGUUUUGUGUUUCAAAAGGUGUGGCUGCAUCAGGCAGACACAAACAAAUGCUAAUGAUUUUUUUUUUGUUUGUUUAAAAAGAAAAAGUAACUAAAUUCUUGACAGUUUCAACGUGUCAUGACCUGAAUGUGUUUCAGUAUCUUGCUAAAACAUUCAGUUUUGAGGUUGAUGGAACAGAGCAUGUGCAGAAGGGAGCAUAUAGGUUUGCAGAAUGGAGCCAUACUUGGCAGAGUUCAAUGACCAGUGUGUGAGUGAUUUUUAAUGCAAUAUAUCACAAACGUAUGGGGUGAACUAAACUUUUUUCUACAACUGUACAUGUCUGUGUGACCAGCAUAUGUUAAGAAACGAUGCGUCGAUCGUCAUGACACUUCAGAGGUGUAUUAACUGAGCAAAUAUCUACAUGUAUUUACAUUUUUGGCACAUCCAGCUUAAGGCUUAAUGAAACGGUGUGCAAAAACUUGAUGUCACCCAUUAUGGAAUUUUUUUUUUUUUUUUCCCCCAAGAGGAGAUGCGAACUCCUCUUCAUUGGUGGUGGUACUUUGGUCUCACUCCAGCCCAAGCAGAAUCUUUGGAUGUAUUUACUGCUUGUUGAAAUGGGAAGUUGCUCUGGGGCCUCAUUGGGACAUUGGCUACUUUCCACCUAAAGAACUGAGUAAUAAAACCUGUUAUCA